CACCAUCCAGGAGCGGGCGGCAGGAUGCUGCGGGGAUGUGGAUGACCUGCGGCCCAGCCCCAGCACGGUCCAAGUCCGCAUGCGGCUGCCGGUGGGGACCGCUCCUAGACCCGGUCGCCCAGGGCGCAGAGGCAGCGCCGGAGUGAGCAUCGCGACCCGGGGCCCAGGCCCAGGCCGGAGGCAUCGCGGCCUGUUGGAAAGAUUCUCCCCAAGCGGCUCGGCAAAAUGACCAGCCUGUUCCGCCGCAGCAGCAGCGGCAGCGGCGGGGGUGGCAGCACCGGGGCGCGCGGGGCCGGGCCGGGGCCCGGGGGCGGCAGCGCGGCCCCGCAGGAGCUCAACAACAGCCGGCCCGCCCGCCAGGUGCGCCGCCUGGAGUUCAACCAGGCCAUGGACGACUUCAAGACCAUGUUUCCCAACAUGGACUACGACAUCAUCGAGUGCGUGCUGCGCGCCAACAGCGGCGCCGUGGACGCCACCAUCGACCAGCUGCUGCAGAUGAACCUGGAGGCGGGUGGCGGGAGCGCCUAUGAGGACAGCUCGGACUCAGAGGACAGCAUCCCGCCCGAGAUCUUGGAAAGGACUUUGGAGCCUGACAGCUCCGAGGAAGAGCCGCCGCCUGUGUACUCCCCGCCAGCCUACCACAUGCACGUGUUCGACAGGCCGUACCCGCUGGCUCCCCCAACCCCACCUCCCCGGAUGGACGUUCUGGGCUCCGGACCCCCUGCAAGCCAGAGGCGCUACAGGAACUGGAACCCCCCCCUGCUGGGGAAUCUGCCUGAUGACUUCCUCCGCAUCCUGCCCCAGCAGCUGGACAGCAUACAGGGUCACCCCGGGGGCUCCAAGCCUGUGAGUGGAGAGGGAGGCCUGCCGUCAGUGCCAGGGCCUGGAGCCCACGACCAGGACAGCCGCUGGAAGCAGUACCUGGAGGACGAGAGGAUCGCACUCUUCCUGCAGAACGAGGAGUUCAUGAAAGAGCUGCAGCGCAACCGUGACUUCCUCCUCGCCCUGGAGAGAGAUCGAUUGAAAUAUGAGUCCCAGAAGUCCAAGUCUGGCAGCGUGGCUGUGGGAAAUGACUUGGGUUUUCCCUCCUCUGUCCCAGGAACCAGUGAUACCAACCCCACUGUGUCAGAAGAUGCCUUAUUCAGGGACAAGUUGAAACACAUGGGAAAAUCCACGCGGAGGAAGCUGUUUGAACUGGCCCGAGCCUUCUCCGAGAAGACCAAAAUGAGGAAGUCAAAGAGGAAGCACUUGCCAAAGCAUCAGUCGCUGGGGGCUGCCGCGUCAACAGCCAACCUCCUGGAUGAUGUGGAGGGCCACUCUUGUGAUGAAGACUUCCGGGGAAGACGGCAUGAGGUGCCCAAGGUGGAGGAGGCCCUGAGAGAAGGACAGUAAGAGCAGGUGCCAGCAGCUUCGCCUUGCCAGAGAUGCAUCUGACCUGGGCACAGCCGGAGAGCAACACCGGUGCCCAGCUGAAGAGCCUUGCCGCUGCAGGGACGGAUGGUGCUUGCACACCAAGGCGCAGGGCUCUUUAGCCACAGCCCAGCCGAGCCACUGCCACUUUCCAUGGGACUUAGAACUUCGGAGUUGCCGUCUUGUUAUUGAAGAAGGGACCUGAGGGCCUAGAGACAGCAGCCAGCCACAGCUACCUUGUGUAGCCUGGCUUUUCUGUGGGCAAUGAGCAGAAAUGCAGGCACCACACCCGGCCCUAGAAAAGCCCUAGAAAUGCCAAGGUUGAGUCUGGGAUGGCAAAAUGACCCUCCCAGUAGCUCUUUGGCCUGAGGGAGGAGCUCCCACCUCCCCCAUCUCUGGGGGGAGGGGCCUGAUCUCCCAUCCCCAGCUCCCUUGGGCCCUUUCUUCCCAUGGUCUGCAACUCAGCCUCGCCCCAGGUGCUGAACCGCGGCACAAGAGCUCUAUGGGGGGGCGGGGCGGAUGUUGAACUACGUCUGGAGCCCUGGCCACACUUGGGCUCCCCUGGAAGGAAUCUUCUGCCCAGUCCAGCUCUUUGGGCUGCUUUUGUUAAGGGCUUGGACAGAACCCUCUACUCCCCCAGCCUCCCCUUCACCCAGCAGGGAUGAGGAACGUGACACCCCCCACCCACCCACACACACCUGAGAGCCGAAGGAAUCUGUCUAGGUUUGAUUGAGGAUAGAAGGCAGUUCUUAAUUUACACCACAGCACAGGUCCUCAGAAGAUCCAAUCGUCCAACUGGACCAGUCCUCCGGCUGACCUCUAAGGGUGUGUGUGUGUGUGUUGGGGGGGGUGGGUUGCGGAGAGCUAAGAAAAGUUCUUGCCAAGUGCCCCCAGCAGAGACCCGGCGGUGGUCUGAAGGAAGAACCCGCACCAAGCACUGCCAGAGGGAGAACACGCGUGUGUCUCGCCAUCUGGCCUUUCGGGAGAGCCGGGAAGCCUGGGGCAGGCGCAGGGUCCAGCGCCCUGGCUCGGCUCUGGACGUUAGGGAGAGGGAUCCGACGUCUGGGGGGGUCAGCGGGGCCCGGUGUCAACAAGAAGCUGGGAGGAAACGGAGGUCGAGACCACAAUCGCGCCUCGUCCCGGCGACCGAGCCGCCCCCCGGGGCUCCGGAGAGCGGCGCGCGCGCGGAGCGUGACCAAGUUUGGAAGCGUGCGCUGCGCCGGGGGC